AUGGCUCCCACCAAGCGAUCCUCCGGUUCAGCACCUCUUGCCCCAAAGCACCCACGACUCCCAAAACGACCUGAAGACCAUGAAGAUUUACUGACUGACGAGUCUGAAAUAUCUUACCGAACAUUGACUCCACUGCCAGCCCGCACCCAGAGUAGUCAAUCGACCACCGCCGCUCAAAUAACUCGGAAAGGUCUUUUCCGUUCCUCCGAAACCCCCACUGGGAGGAGCAGUCCUAGGAGGGUAGAAUUUCAUCUCCCCGAGGAUCAUACUGAUAAUUUUGAAGCGCAGGAGGAGCCUGAGGCAAUUGAGGCACCAGAGGCAAUUGAGUCGCCAGAGGUGGAAGAAAUAGUUGAUACUAGCCACUCAGAAUAUGAUGAUGCUCUGGAGAAUGACCACGAGAGCUCUGAGGAGGAUGAGGAUGAACCGGAGGAUGAACCUCAAGCCCCCCCCCCAUCUUACACCCAGAAGUCUCAGACUGUCGGAAAGAGACCUCAUACAGUUCAGCCGACUACUGCCAGAGCACUGGGCAAUGCUCGGAGGAAACCAACUGGCGCGGUAGCGGAGGUCAUUGCUUCUUCCAACGUGUCGGUGGACGUGAGGGGAACUCGACCGGGCGCGAAAGUAAUACGCAAACAAGGUCAAGGGAGAGCAGCACCCACUUCAGCACCCAGCCAGAAUGCAUCCCAGAGAGCACUCCCGGCAUCCCAGAGAGCACCCCCAACACCCUCACAGUCUAGGCCCUCUGCACCUGUUUAUGCUCAUGAGUAUACCUCUUCUACGCGCCAUAUCGAUUUUUCCUCGAUGCGCUCUCGAUACGGGGAGUCGUCCCCCACUUACCGGACAUAUCGUUCUUCACCGCCUAGCGAGGUAAUUGGCGAGAACUCUGUGAGCAGUCGUCAGAUUCCUUCAAGCCAACUUCACGGUCAAGGUAGAUCGCGAAGAGUCUACGAAAUCGAGUACCUUCCCCCAUCUAGGGAGGAGGACGAGAGUACUCCGAUGCCGGAAAGCGAGGGUAUUUUGAUUCCGGAAGCGAGGAGUGCAAAUGUGCUGUCAGUGCAGGCUCAGAGGAUUGAGAAGGAGUGUAGCGUGUUAAUCGGGGAGCAUACUCUUCUACAUGAGCCCUUUCCACCUGCAGCAAGACUUUCGGUACUGGUAGUGAGCAUGUGGGCAACUGCUAGUCGCCGAGUGGGGUGUAGAGUAGACCUUGAUGAGGUCGUUAUUAAACAGGUCAGAAGUCUGCACUCCCGUGUCCGUUCCCACUUGAUGCACGAGGUGAAAGGGCGCCUGGCGGACUCUACGAUAUACGGGCUUGGAAAUUUUGUGGGGCCUGAGGCGAGGGCGGCUCAAGUGGAAUACCUUUUGAAGAAUGAUCGUUUCUUGAGCCCCCAACAGCAUUACGAGACCUACCGACUGCGCUUCCUGGCUCCGGAAAUUAUCGAUAUAUUGUAUUUUAAAUACUUCGAUGGGGUAAGAAUGCGAGGGGUUAGGGAUCCCGAAUUUCUAGAGCGGAUAACCCCUACCCUUAUUUGCCUGAUAUCGACGGCGAUCUGGCACGGCAUUCGGGCGUGGUCAAUAGGGAGUUACGUGAAGCCUGAUAAUUUUCAGUCGCAGAAUGAGAGUGUUGUGAAAACGUUCAACAGGAUGAGCAACACUUGGAAGGGGAGAAGUAAACAGAACCAGGAGGCAACCUUGGAGAUACGAGAUAAAAAAGGGGUAACGAUUGAGAUUAUACCGGAGAAGGGUUUUAGCGAGGACGAUGAAGCUCUGCCUGCGGAUCUUGCCGCAUUCCGAGAUGCUCGGAGAACACCCACGAGUGCUACAGGAGGUCGGGUUGAUUCCGACAGCGCCCAGGACGAAGUGAUUAAUGCCCGACUUCGCGGCAUUGACACCGAAGAGGAGGGGGAGGAGGAAGAAGAAGAGCCGGAAUUACCUGUAGCGGGGGAUUAA